GUUUUUCAGUUAUCUUGUUUUUACUUUUUAAGCUGUUUUGUUCAAAGGUUAGAGGGCUAGAAGUGUGGUCAGUGGCAGAGGACGUGCCUAGCAGCGCCAUGCCACCCUAUAUCAGCCUGGGCUCAUGGGGCUGCCCUCUGGAAGCCCUCCUGAGGGACCUGCCCAUGGCUCUUCCCGGUUGAGUUUUAAAGAAAUAAGUAGAAGGGACCCAUUGUAAAGCAGUGGUAGAGACUGAGUGGUACUACACAGUAUUGUGGGCAUGACGCAGCAUGAACUGUUACCAAGUAUAGUGAGCUGUGUGUAGCGGUCAGUGCUGCACCUUUGGGUGGCCCCAGCGCAGUGGUGCAUUUGCACCGUUGUCACCAUGGAUACCGCCCUGGCUGCCGUGUCACCAGGUGACAGGUUCUCUAGCCCUGCUGUGCGGAGUGUUGUCUGUGGCCUGGCACUGGCCUGGUGCUGAGCCCCUGUGCUUUGUCAGUGAGGCCCUGUGGGGCAGGAAGGGUGGCUCCUGGGGCAGAGCCAGGUUCAGGUCCUGCCCUUUUUGACCCACUGAAGCCCAGGAUGCUUUUGUGUAGGACCUCUGGGUCUCACCGGUGUAAGGCGUGAAUAGCUCUGGCUCCCGAGCACAGAAGUGGGAGCAGUUGGAGUUUUUUUUGCUGCUGUUUGGCUUUUUGUUUUCUAGUGCGAGUCUGCACUGCAGAACAGUGAUGUUUCUGCAGGGGGCGGGCAGUGCAUGUGACUCUCUUGAUCACUGCCACCCCCUUGGCACCUCCCCUUGCUCCCCAUCCCAGAUGCCGUCAUGCAAGCCUCACCCCCCAGGCUCCUUCGCCUGCCCUGUGCGACUACCUCCUGCUGGACCGUGACCUUGCGAGGACUUGGGAAACACGUGUAAUGUAUUUUCCUUUUCUUGCCUUCUGCAGAUGGACCUGUCUGUAGAAACUCUCUUUAGCUUCAUGCAGGAGCGCCAGAAAAGAUACGCCAAAUAUGCCGAGCAGAUCCAGAAGGUCAACGAGAUGUCCGCCAUCCUGCGCCGCAUCCAGAUGGGCAUCGACCAGACAGUGCCCCUGAUGGAGCGGCUCAACAGCCUGCUGCCCGAGGGCGAGCGCCUGGAGCCCUUCAGCAUGAAGCCAGAGCGGGAGCUCAGGCUGUAGGACCCGCCUUCUGCGAGGGCCAAAGGCCACGGUGCUGGUACGAGGAUGUGACGCUGAGCCCGGUCCCACAGUGUUGCGGUGCAGUCUGAGCCUGGCUGCAGGUCCUCCCUGCAGCACAGGAAGCCAAGGGCCGCACGGGACCCGACUGCCACCGUGCCUGCCACCUCACACCACCCUGGGCUUGGUGAUCACCGAAACUGGAACGGCUGUCUAGUGAUGAGGGUUCUUCAAGAACCCUGCGUUGACAGCUCUUUAUUUUGCUCAUAUUUUUUUUAAUUGCAUGUGUGUAUAGUCUUAGGUACUAGAGUGAAAAUGUGGAGAGAGGGAAAACCUUUUAAUAGCUGUAUCCUCGGUGCCCUUGUGAAAUCUUAUUUAGGCCCCCUGGGUUAUGAGUUGUAAACAUAAAAGCUAACUGAAUGCAGGUCUGUGUGCUGUUGCCGUUUCCACCCCUCCAGGCCCUGCCUGGGUACCCUUCUCCACGCUGGGAGUCACCUGGAACCUGGAACGCCCCCUUUCCACCCUCGAGACUCCUGGCCCAUCGGUAACCACCUUCCUCAGUGCAGCUGAGCUCUGUUUAUCGUGGCAGCAGGGCACCUGCUUUACUGGGCCAGGGAGUGAGUGGGCCGCUGUUGCACAGCUAUUCCGUUUCCCAGCCAUGCAGGGGAUCCACGCGAGUGGACUCCGUGCCAGGACACGGAGGCAGCCUGGCCUCUCAUUUUGGAGAGAAAAAAUGCAAAAUACCGUGGAAUUUCUGGGCCGCUGGGGAAAUGCAGCAGUUUGACACCCAGAGUCUGAGUUCAGUGCCGUGAGCAUUACUGAUGUCACAGAAGCAGCAGGCGGGAAGGCGGGAAGGAGCAGCUUUGGUGGCAGGCAGAAACCUGGAGUGGCUGAGGAAGCCACAGGGCUGGGAUCCCCCUGCUGCCUCCAGCUUUGCAGGUGUCUCAGCCUUGGGUGUAUUUCUAAGGUUAAAAUAGAUCUGCUUAAUUCAGCAUGGCUCAGCUAAACUUUAUUUAAAGACUCUACUCUUGGAUCCUAAUCAUACACUACCUUGUAAGGUUCAUAGAACCCAGAAUAAAAUGUAGGACAGAAAAAUAGUUACCAGAAUGAGCAUGAAUGUUCAGACUAAGUGGGAAAGAAGUUUUAAUUUGGGGAUAGGAAAAAUUAAUGGCUUCUAGUAUUUUCUUUCCCUUUCUUCCUCUUUCUUUUUUUUUUUUUUU